GUUCAGUUCGUACUGCUGUAGGACCCUUGACCGAGUACUUUCUCUGAACUGCUGUAUAAACUGGGGGGGGGGGAAUCAUUACCAAAGGAGUAGGGCAAAUGGAAAAGUGUUCAGGAGAGUUUAAGGAGAUCGUCACUACUACAGCGCGUGUACCGAACCAACACUCUCUCUUGUCCGCAUUUCCGUACGUACACAGAAAACACAGCCAUCUCUGUGAAAUGUCUCAUUGUUGCGCGUUACCGCCGUGAAAACGCACCACGGCAUUUACACUGUUUAAGUGUUGUAGCGAAUGCCUCGCGUUGCCGGUCGACCCCCGGCUCCUUGGCUUGCUUGGGAAGAUGGCUGCUGCUGCUGGAGCUGCGCGGGAGCUGGGCUCGCCGCGUGCGGGGCGCUCCGUCCACCUUUCGCAUUCUGGGGAACUCCUCCCAUGCAACAUAUAUUCGUUUUACCACAAAAUGAGGGAAAAGGCUUCACAUGAGCACUGAAAUGGUGCGUUGUGCUGUACGCCGUUACUGCGGUUGAGAUAAAACUUAGUCUAGAGGAGCUGUGGGGCCUCUGCUCGAAUGGUACGAGCGAACUGUGCGCUCGGCCACUCGCUUCCCAUUUGUACCAAACAUGGCACCGCGAGCGCCUUCUGGGGCGCUGGGAGCCGCGAGUGAGCCGUGUACAGCCUUGCCAAGGAGACCACCACCAGUCCGACUGUAAGAAAAGUAAGGGACCCAGUAGGACCGCGGUAAGAAUAAGAUGCUCAGAGUCUGCAGCGCGUGACCACACACAGCACAGGCACAUUGAAUUCAGUCGCGGUCUACGAACAGAACCACCAUGAUGCUUUCGGCUGGAAGGAAGAAAACUGGAGUCUGGAGGCACUUCUGGUACGAUGAGCGGACGAGGAAAACAACCUGCAGAAUAUUGCCGAGAGGAAAAGAAACGGAAUGCGGAUACAGUCUGAGUGGAAAAAAUACGACCAAUCUGAAGCGGCAUUUGAGGCAACGGCACCCAGAUAUUGCUGAAGAGUUGCAGUGUGAACGUGAAAACAGAAGACAUUCUGCAAAUGAGAUGUUUAGUGCAGAAGUGCCUCAGGGGGCUCAGAAGAGCACCUUGCUAAAGUGGAGAGAAGGUGUGGAGGAAAACACCGCACAGAGACACUUGGGUGCAGAAGGGAAUUCCCACAUCUGGGGCUUCGAUGGGACGGCGCUACCCAUUGAACUGAUGCUUGAGCCGCCGUGUCGGGCGAAAGACAGCCACCCUCCACCUCAGAAUAGAUAUGAAGAGGAGCAGAAUAGCAACUCUAAUGAAGUGUCUCAGAACUCCGAGAGCUCCCAGACAGUCAAACUUGAACAAGGGGGGUCGGUCCUCUUAGCCCAGUCAGACUGCAGGUCUGUGGGUGACUCGCGAGACGCUGCUAAUUCAGCAGUCCAGUUCUGGAGGAAGUGCCGUGAAGCAGGCUACGUGCAGUCCAUAUUUUCCACAUUCAUCUCUGCCAUGGCCAGAAUUUCAGAGAGGAUAAUGCUGGAAGAGGCUUCUGAGGAUGACUGCGCCAUUUCCCUGAGAGUGCUUGAAGCUUCAGGAAUACUUCCACAGAUACUUGCUCAAAGGGAAAAAGAUUUUCACGAAAGGCAGCAGAAGCUUCAGAGGGAAAGCGAAGCCCUAGAAAAAUUCCGAUCAGCAAUGAGCUCUCACCAUGGCGCAGGCUCGUGUGCCCAGAUACAGCCAAGUUCUCCACGUGCCGCUGCAGGUGGUUUCUGAUUAGAGAGGCUCUAACUAUGGACCGACUACAAAUGCAGCAGGGAAGGAGGAAACCAGC